AUGGGAAGUUGGUUUGCUUUUAAUGCUAUCGGAUUAUACCCAUUAGUAACGAUAAACCUCUCACCACAAAUAACAUUCACAAUUUUAGCCUAUAAUUUAGCAGCCGAUAAUCACAUAAAUCCAUAUGUUCAAAGCGUGAAUAUCAAUGGCAUAAAUUGGAGAAAAACAUGGUUUAGACAUUCAGAUAUUGCAAAAGGGGCGAUUAUGGAAUUAGUUAUGGGUCCAGAACCAAGUAAGGUUUGGGGUAUUAUUGAUGAAAACGAAGAUAAAUUUGAUAUAGAAGAUAGAGUCGUUCCACCUAGUAUGAGUAGUAUUAAUAGUUAA